AUGAUUCAUUUGUUAAAUAGAACUCAAACUAAAAGGUCUCGAAAAUAAUGCAAUACAAAAUUUUUGCUCUUCUAAUUUUAUUAUUUCUAUUAAUUCAACUUGCAAAAGCUGAAAAAGAUGUUGGCAGCAGUGAUGAGACCAUCAGCUCUAGUAAUUUAGUACAUAAUGUGGAUUCCAUUAGAAAUCAGCUGAAAAACAUUAAAGCCCAAGUAGUGGACAAAUAUGAAAAUGAAAAAUUACUUUGGCAAUUGGAGGCAUUUGAAAGCUGGUAUGGAGAUGAAGAAAAAUCGAAAUGUUCCGUCGAUCUUUCUUAUGUUUUCAAUGGUUGGACCCCAAUACAAAGACGUCUAGAUGGUACUGAGAACUUCUAUCGCAAUUGGUCGGAUUAUCAGCAGGGUUUCGGCGAUAAACACAAAGAAUUCUUUAUGGGUUUAGAGCCAUUACAUCAACUAAUCAAAACGAAAGGACCUCAAGAACUUUUGAUCAUACUAGGCGAUCAUGAUAAACAUAUAGCUUAUGCUAAAUAUGAUAAUUUUAUAGUGGGCUCUGAAGCGGACUUAUACGAACUUAAAGAUUUGGGUUCUUAUGUUGGUUCGGCUGGAGAUGCUUUAAGCGAACAAGUGGGUAAGAAAUUUACCACAUUGGAUCGGGAUAAUGAUGGAUCUAAAUUGCAUAAUUGUGCCAAACUAUGGCACUCAGCCUGGUGGUUUGGUUAUUGUCAUCAGAGUCAUCUUAAUGGUCCUUAUUUGGAGAAGUCGGUUUCUGAGAAGGGAGAAAAGGGUAUAGUUUGGGAUCUAUGGCAUGGCAUGAAUUAUUCAUUGAAAUUUGUUUUAAUGAUGGUUAGAUCUAAAGCUGAAUAAAAUAAUAAAUUUCAAUGAUUCUCUUUAGCAAAAAAA